GCUCGUUGCUCUCUGGAAACAUGCGGCGAGCUCUGUGUGCGAUAAUCUUGCUCGUCUCGUGCGUCGCACCCGCGGCGCUGACUGAACUCUAUCUGAGCGAUUACUACACAUACGAGGGGGUAAUGGAUUACUUGGACAGCCUCGCAAAGGAAUACCCAACCCGUGUGCUGGUCAAGGAUGCAGGACGGACCUAUGAGCGUCGCAUGUUGAAGACAAUAACCAUCACGAAUGGCGAUCGGUUGCCCGGCAAGAGGAUGAUCUUCAUGGAUGCGGCACUGCAUGCCAGAGAGUGGAUGACGCCGAUGGCUGCGCUCUAUGCCAUCCACGAGCUGGUGGUUAACUUCGAGCGGAACUCAGAUCUGCUGCAGAACUUCAACUGGAUCGUGCUGCCGCUGGGCAAUCCGGAUGGCUACGAGUUCUCCCGCAACUCGGACCGGUGGUGGCGCAACAAUCGCUCCCCGAAUGGCGGAGAGUGCUACGGAACGAAUUUGAACCGCAACUUUGAUGUGGCCUGGGGUCAUGGUUACGCACAGCUGGCAGAUCCCUGCAGCGAGUCGUACGCCGGCAGGGAAGCGUUUUCGGAGGCAGAAGCCCGACUCGUGCGGGACACAAUGCACGUGUUGGUGGACAAUGGCAGUGGCGUCAUGUACCUGUCCCUGCACACGGCCAAUCGAUCGAUGUUCGAUCCGUGGGUGCACGACUCCACCCCGACCAGCAAUCAUCACGAAAUGCAGGAGAUUGCGCGCUUCGCCACGAACAGAAUUUACGCGGAAACCUCGACGGUGAUCAAGCCCAUGCAGGCAUUUUUCUACGGCGGAGUGAUGGGCGGCACCAGCCUGGAUUACGCCUUCAAGGUCGGCUUUCCGCUGUCCUUUGUGUUUGAGAUGUCGGGCCUGGCCUACGGCUUGGAGUACAAAUUUUUCCCACCACAAACGGAAAUUCGCAGGCUGGCAGCGGAGAGCUGGGUGGGCAUAAGAGCGCUGGCCGAGAAGGCCGUUGAAAAAUAUCCACCAGGGAGAAUCAUUCCGCGUGUGCCAAGAGUAACUGCCAGUAGUAAGGCACCAAGCAGUCGGGAUUACAACUUCCAAGUGGGUUUGCUGAGCACACUUUUGGCAUACGUGGUCCAGCAUUUAGUUGGUUGAAUAAUUUCAACAAGUUUUUUAUAAUUUUGUUUAGCUAUAAAUUGAGCGUUGUGCGAGCUGUGAAACUGGUUUGAAAUGACUCAUUGAAUGCAUGGCGAUUGCAUUGCAUGUCGAAAACAAAAAAUAUC